AUGCCCCGCAGCCCCGGGACGCGCCUCAAACCAGCCAAGUACAUCCCCGUGGCCACCGCCGCCGCGCUGCUGAUCGGCUCCAGCACCCUGUUCUUCGUGUUCACGUGCCCGUGGUUGACACGUGCUGUGUCCCCAGCCGUUCCCGUCUACAAUGGCAUCAUCUUCCUCUUCGUCCUGGCCAACUUCAGCAUGGCCACCUUCAUGGACCCUGGCGUCUUCCCCCGAGCGGAUGAGGACGAGGAUAAGGAGGACGACUUCCGAGCCCCGCUCUACAAGAACGUGGAUGUGCGGGGCAUCCAGGUCCGUAUGAAGUGGUGUGCCACCUGCCACUUCUACCGCCCACCGCGCUGCUCCCACUGCAGCGUCUGCGACAACUGCGUAGAGGACUUUGACCACCACUGCCCCUGGGUCAACAACUGCAUCGGGCGCCGCAACUACCGCUACUUCUUCCUGUUCCUGCUGUCCCUCAGCGCUCACAUGGUGGGCGUCGUCGCCUUCGGCCUGGUCUACGUGCUGAAUCACGCCGAGGGGCUGGGAGCCGCCCACACCACCAUCACCAUGGCUGUCAUGUGUGUGGCUGGCCUCUUCUUCAUCCCUGUCAUCGGCCUCACCGGCUUCCACGUGGUGCUGGUCACUCGGGGGCGCACUACCAAUGAGCAGGUGACGGGGAAGUUUCGUGGAGGCGUGAAUCCUUUCACCCGAGGCUGCUAUGGGAACGUGGAGCACGUGCUGUGCAGCCCCCUGGCUCCCCGGUAUGUGGUGGAGCCGCCCCGGCUGCCACUGGCUGCUCGCCUGAAGCCGCCCUUCCUUCGGCCCGAACUCCUGGAUCGAGCUCCUCCGCUCAAGGUCAAGCUUAGUGACAACGGGCUGAAGGCUGGCCUGGGCCGAAGCAAGUCUAAGGGCAGCCUGGACCGGCUGGAUGAGAAGCCACUGGACCUGGGGCCGCCACUGCCCCCCAAGUCGGAGGCUGGCUCAUUUGGCGGUGACCGGCAGACCCCACGCCCAGGCAGUGCUGAGAGCGCCCUGUCGGCCCAGAGGACCAGCCCCCCUACACCCGCCAUGUACAAGUUCCGGCCUGCCUUUCCCACAGGUCCCAAAGCGCCUUUCUGUGGCCCAAGCGAGCAGGUCUCAGGCCCCGACUCCCUGACUCUGGGGGAGGACAGCCUCCACAGCCUGGACUUCACGUCUGAGCCCAGCCUGGACCUCCCCGACUACCCCCCUGGUGGUCUGCACACCACCUACUCGCCUUCCCCUCCGCUCAGCGCUGCCGACACCUUCUCGGGGGCCUUGCGAUCCCUGAGCCUCAAGGCGGCAGGCCGGCGGGGCGGGGACCCCGUGGCCCUCCAGCCCCUGCGCUCUGAGGCGGGGAGCGGCUCCCACAGGUCUCCCCUGCGCCAGGGCCCCGCCUCCCCGCCCAGCACUCCCCGCUCGCCCUCCUACAUGGGCCCCAAAGCCGUUGCCUUCAUCCACUCGGACCUCCCGGAACCACCGCCCGCGCUGGCUGUGCAGAGGGACCACCCUCAGCUGAAGAACCCCCCAAGUAAGCUUAACGGGCAGUCCCCGGGCCUGGCCCGCCUGGGACCUGCCGCCGGCCCCCCAGGGCCCUCCACCAGCCCCGCCCGGCACACACUCGUUAAGAAGGUGUCUGGCGUGGGUGGGACCACGUACGAGAUCUCCGUGUGAGGAGUGACAGCCACCCAUCCGCUGUGGCACCACGGGGACCAGGACCCCCCAGCGGCUGCCCCCCACCCCCCGACUUCUCUGCCCCGACAGAGGAGGAGGCCCAGCAGGUGUGGACGCAUCAGCAGGAGGGAGAACCACGCCUCCACGUGUCUGUCCCUCGGUCUCCACCUGUCCAUCCACUUAUCUGCUCACCAGGGCGCGGCCAGGCCAGGGGCCACCAGCUCCAGGAUCUGUGUUGGUGCCCUUGCUCCCAUAGGCUGGGCCUCGAGGGUCACGGACUGCAUCUGCGUGGACUGCACCCAUGUCCCCCUGAUUGUCACCAGGCCAGCCCCCACCCAGGCCCUUUAUAGAAGGGUCACUGUGGCUCAGAAAUGGACAGAGGGGCCUGGGUCCCUGGCCAUCCUCCGGACUGAGGGCCCACCGCCGGGCUGACCCUAACCGGCCGCCUUUCAGGGACCCGCUGGAAACUUCUAGUGUGGUGAGGCCGCUGCUUCUGUGGGGAAGGCCAGCCCUGGCCCGUGGCCACCGGCUCCAGGGCGACUCUGGGUUUUGACAGGUGGAUGGACAGACGGACAGACUGCCAGCCGUGGGUGGGGUCCUGGCUCCAUGUGUCCCGUCUCGCCCAGCUGGUGGGCGUGUCCCCGUGUCUAUGCGCUGAGCUGCCAUGCCACGCCCCAUGUGUUCAAGCUCGGGGCCCUGCGGCCCCACUGCCGGGAAACGCGCUGUCAUUGAAGCCUUAACCUCUGCUUUAUGCUCUUGUGGUGGCACCGGGGGCAGGUGGGAGCAGGCACAGGCUGGACGCUGCGACAGGGGCCUCUGAGACCAGGAGUCCCUGCCCUGCCAAACGAGAUUCCCUACCCCAAGGCAUGCAGAGUCGGGGCGCCAGAGCCCCGGCGUCUGCGUGGGAAGCACAUGGGGAGGGGGUCAGAGCUCUGCCUGGCGCCAGGGACCCGAGAGUAAGCACACAGCAGCGUUUGCUUGCGUUGUGUCUGUUUUAUGUUUUUAUAUCUACAUCUAUAUAUCUAUAAUUUUAUUAAAAAAAGAAAAAGAGUCA